AGUUUCUUCCAAUACUUCUCCUCCACCCGCCGUGUCGACCCUGGCUUCUUCAUCGACACUACUCAGGACCGCUGCGCCAGUGCCGAUGCUGCACAGCUGAACGAUGAUGGCGCAGCAUCAGGCCCAGCAGCGCGGGGGCCAGAGGAACGACUGUGUGUGUAUAUGCCACACUGCGAGUGUCUGGCCUGUCCGAUGCUUCACAGACAGCCGCGAAUAAACUGGCCAGAUCAAGAGAUUUCACCAGAGCCUACUCGGACGUUGACGAUUGCCUUGCCAUGA